GUGGAGGUUUCCGGUUGACACGGAGCGCUCAGCUGUUAGCACAGCUGGUCGACAUGUCGCAGAAAACCGGGAAUAAACGGGAAUAAUCGGGCUGACGGUCGGCUGGGGUCGCUCGGUUUAGGCGGGAAAAUGGAGACGUUCGGCAGGUUCACGAGCAUGCUGCUGCACGCGCUGGAGACGAGGGAGCCCACGGUGGAGCUGUUUGACUCGUUUGUCGAUCACUGGAAAUCAAUCACCAAUUAUUAUAUCGAUACGACAGAUGACAGUCGUCCUGUCAGACAGACGGACAUCCCCUGGCAUCUCAGACAGAUGUUGGACAUCCUGGUGUACGAGGAGAAGCAGCAGGCCGUGGAGGACACAGGAGCCUGUAUGGAGUACCUGCUGCAGCACAAGCUGUUGGAGACUCUGUGCACACUGGGGAAGGCUCAGUAUCCUCCAGGGAUGUCCCAGCAGGUGCUCCUCUUCUUCUCCAAGCUCCUGUCUCAGGUGCAGAAGCCUCUGCUGCAGCUGGUGAACGUCUACAGACCUGUGCAGAAGCUGAUUUGCCUCUGUGCGCUUCCUGGUUCCCAGACUGAAAAGGAGGAAGCUCAGUUCCUAUUGGUCGUCUGCUCCAGAGUGAAGCAGGAUCCCCACACGCUCAGAUACGUCUUACAGCUUCCAGACCAACCAGUAAGCAGUACACUGAGCUCUGACCAAUCAGAGAGCAGCAUGCAGGCAUCCAGUCGGGGGACAGAUCCUCCGCUGCCCUGCGGCCCCAUCCAAUCAGAGAGCUGUCUGCUGAGGGCCCUGCUGGGUCUCACUAAGAGCCAGAGCACGUCCGUGUGUCUGAAGGCCCACGAGAGCCUCCUGCUGCUCUGCGGGCUGCAGGCUGGGUCCUCAGGGGAGCUGCUGAGCACUCACACCCAGCUGGGAGAGCUGCUGGCUGUGAGGCUGCAGGACCUCUACUCCCUGCUGCCUAUGGAGGACGCUGCAGAGCUGCAGAGCUGGCCUCACACGCCCUGGAGCUCUCAGUUCUCUCGCCUCAGCACUGACCCCAGCUCACAGUCUGUGGGUCACAUGAUCAAUUUCUUCUGCUGGCUGGACUUCCUGGAUCACCUGAUGAGACAGGCACCACAGGUGUUGUCAGUGAAGUUGGCUGUGUGUGUUCAUCAGCUCUGGUUGGUGGAGCUUCUUCAGCCUCAGCUGUUGGACAUGUGUGAGCAGGUGGUGCUGGGCUCCACCUCCGUCCUCUGUGCCACUGUCAGGCUCGUCCAGUCCUCAUCUCUGCUGGAUCAGCUCGUCCACUUCCUGCUGCGGAGCGACGCCGCUCAGCCGCUGCUGCGCCGCUGCGACCACAUCUCUGACCAGAUCAGCAUGGUGUCGCUCUGCCUGGUGGAGGAGCUGCUCCAGAAGCCUCACAGGGACGUCUUGGACGUGCUGGUGCUGAGUUUCCUGCACACUCAGAGUUACCUGAGUAACUCGGCACAGGAGGAGCGGCAGACGGAGAGUGGCGAGGACAGCGAAGACCCAGAGGACGACCCCUUCUUUUCCGACAGCCUGAGCUUCUCAGACAGUCCCCACCCCCCUCCGCCUCCUCCACCACUUCCUCAGGUGACCGAGUGUCAGGCUCUCUCGCUGUCCUGGGAUUGGCCGCUCACUCCCCCGCCCCUUUCCCUGUCGUCAGGUAAAGACUCCGCCUCCUUCUUUGAAGGUCACCUGCUAAAAGUUCUCUUUGACCGUCUGGGACGCCUCCUGGAGCAGCCGUACGAGUUGAACCUGCAGCUGACGGCUGUUCUCUCCAGGCUGUCGGCGUUCAGCCACCCUCUGCUGCACGAGUACCUGCUCAACCCCUACAUACACCUGUCUCAGUCCUCCAGGUCACUCUUCUCUGUCCUCAUCAGGGUGAUGGGAGAGCUGAUGCAGAGGAUCCAGCAGGUCUCUAACCUGAGCGAGCGACUGCUGAACACCAGGAGAGCGCUGCUGGGCCUGCCGCAUGACCCCGGACUGGAUCACCUGACCCUGCUCAAAGGAGUCAUCGUCCUCGAGGAGUUCUGCAAGGAGCUUGCUGCCAUCGCCUUCGUCAAGCUGCCCCAGGACCAGGACUGA